AUGAUUCAAAGGUUUCAUUAUUCUGAGUGGGAGUCGAUCGUAAGGUGUUUUAAGGAAGUCGGAUUGGUGGUUGUCCAAGGAUUAAUUGCUGAUGAUGACCAGUUGGAGGAACUUAGAAAAGCCGCUGAUGCAGUCGAGCAGCGCACCCGGAACCAGCAGUGGCCCUACAAACGCACCGUGGGCAAACAGUUUCCCCCUUGGAAUGAUGAGUCCUCAGACGUAUGGGGUGUUCAACAUAUCAUGCAUCCCACACUUGAACAGCCCGCCUUCGCGGCGUUUUACUUCUCCCAUUCAAUGCUUGAACUUACCGGUCAUUUGACUGACAUGUCACCCGGCGAGCACACCAUUGCUGGUCUCCACAACUUGCUCGUUGAGCCUCGCGACCACCAUUUUGCGCUGAACUGGCAUAGGGACACGAUCAAGUCGAGCGUUGACGAGGAGGAAGAACGUCGGAGGCUGUCCUCCAAAGCCAAGUAUGGCGGCGUUCAAUGGAAUGUGGCUUUGUACCAUGACGAGUGUUUAUUUGUAGUUCCCGGCUCUCACUUGCGCACCCGAACGCCCAUAGAGCGCCGAAUUACUACUCAGGCCACGCCGGGUGAUGUGGGCAAGAUGCCGAACGAGGUUUGUGCCGCGCUGGCGCCCGGCGAGGCUGUCUUCUACGACCCUGAAAUUCUCCAUCGAGGGACGUACAAUCCCACGUCGAAGCGACGCACGCUUCAUGGGGCCCACCUUGACGGCCGAGCAGACAUCAGCCGGGCCGGAGGCUUCCUCCAACACUUUAAGCCUUGUGGAAUGUACUAUGCCGACCCAAUGUUUCUAAGCACUCUUCCUGUCGACAGCCCUUGCGCAAAGCAGAUGGUCAUUCAAAGCCUUGAAUGGGCUGCUCGUGCUGCUGACUCAGGUUACAACAAAUGUGUUCAGGAAGAUAUUUGA